AUGCCGCUGCAAGCGCGAGAGAGCGCGCCUGCCUUGCCCAGCAAGUGGCGCAGCGGCCCGCCAACCGCACGCGGUGUGCUCGGCGCCAUCGCGGGCUCGGUGCUCCUCGGGCUGAGCAUAAGCUGGGGUAUCCAGACCGCAGUGGAGACGGGACUGAACAUCUACUAUCCCCCGCACUCGGGUGGCAAGGCCGCGUCCAUCGCGCUCUGUGUUGCGUGGUUCCUGUGUGCCGUUCCCGCGGUCUAUGCUCUCAUCCACGCACAGAAGCGCUGGGGAUGCGUGCCGACUGCGCUCGUCGCGUCGCUGCUCCUACCGCUGGGAGUGGCGGUAUGGAAUGUCGCCAUGCGCUACGCCGGGAAGACAUCCAUUGAGGCAUGGUGCAUCCACAAGAACCCCACGUACGAUGCGACGGCGUGCAGCGCCGACUGGCGACGGGGUACCGUCGUGCAGUGGUGCGGGUCGGUUGUCGCCUGUGUCGCAGCGGCCGGCGUCGCGGCCUACUUUGUGUCAAGCGGCCGCGCGACGACCGACCCGCAGCCGUGGGUCGCGAUGAACGCGCAGCGCACGGCGGCCGCCCUGGGCAGGCAGGGGCAGGGCGAGGCCAUGGCCGCUGCAUAG